UGGCGGAAGCUGAGGAAUGAUCAACCCUUGUGCUGGCGAAGGGGUGUGAAAAAGAUUACGGAACGUUUGCGCGAAGUCUGGCGAACACUGAAAUCUAAAGAAAUGGAAGAGGCUCAGAAAUCAAGUAAUUUACGAAGAUUAUUUCAGUUGGCCAGCUUUGUUCUUAUUCUUGAGUUAGAUUUGGUCAGCAGUGCAGGUAAACCAUCGACUAAAUGGUUGAAGACUGAUUAUUUCGUCCUCGAUGAGGGGCUAGUUGUUUCGUUGAACCUAACCCCGUCGGCCGAGGUGUUCGAGAACAAGACAGUCCUAGUCCAACUUAACCUCCGUGAUGAAACGAGCCUGUUUUGGUCUCAGCGUGUUCCUAUCAUCACCCACAAGGAGCCAGUUCGUACAGCGUAUAAUCUCCUCAGUGGAAUGAACAAAACAGGCGAUGAGUCUGCUUCAUCAUCAUCAUCGGAGCCUUCACCACCUGGACAGCCAGAUGACCAAUCACCCGUCAGUUUUUGGUUAUCAACGCUGCGCGUUUUUCUCCUACGAACCCCUGUGGUAUUUAAUCUGAACACGGUUGCCGCAGAACUUGUUCCACACAUUCGACCCACUUCGGACAAACGCAGCCAGCGACCAGUUUACCUGCCAGUCGUCUAUGUGAAUCCGUUGAUGCAACCGUCUGCGGACUGGACAGAGACUCCUGUGGUGUCACACAGGGACGAGCAGGAAUACCCAACCAUGAAAUUUACCGUGUCUGUUGAACCGCAAUCGAUAGGAAAGUUUCGCCUACGUUGUAUGCUUGGAAUGAUGGCUGAACAAUUGCGUUCCUACGGUUUCAAGCAGAAAGAUAUCGACGAUGUUCGUCAACUUUUCCUGGACACCAAUUUCUAUUUCCUUGUGACCACCAUGUUUGUAUCGGUUUGUCACAUUCUCUUCGAUUUUCUGGCAUUCAAAAAUGACAUUUCAUUUUGGCGGAAGGCGAAGAACACCACUGGACUAUCGAUGCGCACCGUUGUGUGGCGGUUUGUCAGUUCGUUCAUCAUCUUCUUACACUUGUGCGAAGAACGAAGUAGUCUUUUGGUCAUCGUGCCCAUGGGGAUCUCAACCUGUAUCGAACUGUGGAAGUUGGCUCGUCUGACCAAGUUCUCGUUCAGCUUCAAACACGGUUUUCACCGGGGUCAACGGUCCAAGGCUGAGCGAGAAACGGAUGAACUCGAUGCGCAAUUCAUGUUCUGGCUCCAGAUUCUAUUGAUCCCCUUGUGUUUGGCUGGAUCCAUUUACUCACUACUCUACACCCCACACCGAAGCUGGUACUCAUGGUGUCUGCAAACUCUAGUGCAUGGAGUUUAUGCCUUCGGUUUCCUGUUCAUGACACCUCAACUAUUCAUCAAUUAUCGGCUGAAAUCAGUGGCUCAUUUGCCUUGGAAGGCCUUGACGUACAAGGCGUUCAAUACAUUCAUCGACGACUUCUUCGCCAUGAUUAUCACCAUGCCCACGUCGCAUCGGAUCGCUUGCCUUCGAGAUGAUGUGAUAUUUCUGAUCUAUUUGUAUCAACGAUGGCUUUAUCCGGUCGACAAAUCUCGUGUAAAUGAAUUCGGACAACGAGGGGAUCACGAGGAUGAUGACGGACAAGGAGACGUGAAAACCAUCUUGAUUGGGAACCUAGCAGUAUCUCGUACUUGGUGCUUCCUCCGGGUGACGUGGCAGCUAGGCACCGACGGGGUGCUAACUAUGCUUAUGGUU